AUGUAUCGAGGGGAUCAUCGCAUGCGCCAAGAUUCUGCGACCAAUGCCACGAACCUUGGGGUCUGCGGGGCUCGCUCAUCCAAGGGGGGAAUUGGAGGGCUGGCGUUGUCAGGCGGCCUGUCCUUCUUCUCCUCCCGCGAAGGCCUAAUCAGCGACAACGUCUUCAACUACGAGAUUGUCCUCGCAUCAGGCGCCAUCGUCCAGGCUAAUGCCACGGACAACCCGAGUCUGUGGAAGGCACUCCGCGGUGGGGGCACCAACUUCGGGAUUGUCACCCGCUUCAACCUACCAACCUUCCCACAGGACCCCUUUUGGGCCGGUGUGACCUACUACUCCCCCGCCUCGUUUCCGGCCCAGAUCGAGGCGCUCGGGCAGGAACUCUAGAAUCUUGGGGCGGAGGCUCUGGACACUCACUUCAUGAUUAGUACGGGGUACGCGGCCAUGAUGGGCGGGGCAAUGUGUAUGAAUCAGGUGUGCUAUACGGGGGCUUUGGAUACGCAACAGCAACCGCCGGCGGUGUUGCAGAGGUUCUCCACCGCGAUUGAGCCCCAGGCUCCCCUGAUUAGUUCCGUGGGGGUGCAGACUUUGUCGCAGGCGGCACAGGGACAAGCUUCGGCGGCGAUGGAUCAGCAGCGUUAUGUUCCGUUCAUGUUGAUAUUAGCCACAAGCCCAAGCAAGAGCUAAUUCGGAUGAAAUGGCAGAUGCGCCUACUUCAACACGACCGUGGAAGCGGACGCCAACACCCUGAAAGCUGCCGCCGACCUCUACAUGGCGGCCCUGGGGCCCAUCCACGGGGUGGAGGGCCUGAUCUGCUCGCUGACGCUGCAG